GUCACACCUCACACAAAGAGAGUCAUCGGCAAAACCAACAUUCCCUCUACGUCUGGUUUCUAAAGAACCUUCUGAGGUGCUCAUGCUUCAAUAUUUCAAGACAUGGCAAUGAAGACGUGGGCGGCGGGUACGCAUUGCGUUGCCAAAAAGGACCACUGUAAACCUAAAGCGGACCAAAUAGCGUAUCGCAAAGGUGACGUCCUCACAAUCCUGGAGCCAGGAGUGAAAAACGGGGCGUGCAAAGUGAGGCACAACACGAGCGGAGAAGAAGGCCUGGUGUCCGCAUCCAACCUGCGAGAGAGAGAGGCCGUCCGUAUAGAUCCCAAUCUCAGCCUCAUGCCCUGGUUUCAUGGAAAGAUAUCAGGCCCGCAGGCUGCCAGCAAACUUAGGCCCAUGGAAGACGGCCUAUUCCUGGUUCGCGAGUCCAUUCGGCACCCCGGCGAUUUCGUGCUCUGCCUCUGCUUCAGACAGAACGUGUUUCACUAUCGUGUCAUCUUUCGAGACAACAAGCUGACCAUCGACCAUAAAGAGUUCUUCUACAACCUCAUCGACAUGAUCGAGUUUCAUAGCAAAAACAAAGGCGCCCUCGCUACAGUUCUGCUUAAGCCGAAAAAGAAGGAUGGUGCAAAGUCUGCCGAGACGAAACUGUUGAAAUCGGGCUGGUUACUUGACCUCUCAAAGUUGACUUUAGGACAGGCCAUAGGUGAAGGGGAGUUUGGAGCUGUGUUUGAGGGCGAGUACGGAGGGCAGAGGGUCGCCAUCAAGAACAUCAAAUGUGAUGUAACCGCUCAAGCUUUCCUCGAAGAGACAUCGGUCAUGACAAACCUCUGUCAUAAGAAUCUCGUGCAGUUAUUAGGAGUGAUUCUCCACAACGGACUCUACAUCAUAACAGAAUUAAUGACAAAGGGAAAUUUGGUGAAUUUUCUGCGCUCACGAGGGCGUUUGGCUGUCAGCGCGACUCAGCUGUUGCGGUUUGCGCUAGAUGUGUGUGAAGGUAUGGAACAUCUAGAGUCGAAGAAGCUUCUGCACAGAGAUCUCGCCGCCCGCAACAUUCUGGUGUCCGAAGACUCGGUCGCCAAAGUCAGUGACUUCGGUCUGGCGGUGGCAAAGGUCAGUUCAACGACGCCUGACAACUUAAAGUUACCGGUGAAGUGGACGGCACCCGAAGCCUUAAAGACAAGGAAAAUCACCACUCACUCAGAUGUAUGGAGUUAUGGAGUACUUCUGUGGGAAAUCUUCUCCUACGGGAGGCAGCCUUACCCAAAGAUGACGGUGAGUGAGGUGAGAGAAUGUGUGGAUCAGGGUUACCGCAUGGAGUCGCCUGAUGAAUGUCCGCCCGACGUCUACACCAUCAUGACGUCCUGCUGGGAAACAGAUCCCAAAAAGAGGCCGUCCUUUCACAAACUGAGAGACAAACUUGAGCAAGAGUUUGGGAGAUACGAGGCGUGAUGCAGUGUCGAUUUCCAGACGUGUAAACGGUGACCAUUCAUCAGGUGCCUGAGUCAACAUUGUGUAAAACUUUCUAUUUAUAUUCACACAUUUUAUUUAUUUAUGUUUGAGAUUUUUUUGUUUGUUAAAGAAAUAACAUAUGAAAUACUAAAUAACCUAAAAUAGCACAGUGAUUCUCAGAUGUCACUUGACUUAACCAAAGGCUGAAAAAUGGCUGACUUCACUCAACAGUUUUGGCACAAAUUAAUCUGUAAAAUUAAAUUAAGUUUAACAUGUUAACAUGGAUCAGUUGUUUGCCGUCAUCCCGGAAAACCAAACCUACACAAGAUUAACAAAUACCACCCUGACUGCAUGUAUUGUGAAUUCAGUAUUUAUGUAAAAACAUGUAUGUAUUAAUUCAUGUCGGUGAUUGAUUUUAAAGAUGAUUUUGUUUACUUAUAACGAAAUACGGACAGAACAGAAGAAUCAAUUAUUUAGGGAAAAUUUCAAGGGAUCAGGAAUCUUAGGGAUUAGCGCUCCGAUAAUAUCUCGUUUUGUACUGUAAUUGUACAGCGAAGCUUAAUACUCGAGAUUUGGAUGUUGUCGCUGAUAUUAGGAAGGAAUUGCACAGAAACAGAGAUGAAAAUGUCCUCUUUUCAUCUGCUGUGGUGUUAUAGGUCAAAGAUCCAGCAAAGAAGUCACGAAAUAUCAAAUCCAGAGGUUGUUUUCUAUCAUAAAUCAUCUUCGCCUGUUUUUUAUUUGACUAGUGCUCGCUAAUUUAGGUAAACAAUUACUAUUACUAUCACUAAUAAUGCAGGUUAUAGACUUUAUAUUGAAUGAGGUAGAGAGCACAGUAUGGUUGAAGUUUUGCUGAACUGCACAGAGCUAGCGACGCCUAGCAGUGAUAUCUCACGGGAAAAGUAUUUAUGUUGCUCAAUCCAGAUUAGCGGUCAUCACCCGUGAGACCGUAGAUUGAAUCUCGCUCUCCUUCUAUCGCCACGGUCUCCUGUAGAUUUAUUCUGUGGUUUAAGCCUCAGAGAGGAUGAUGUGUAAUUAUUUUCAUAAUUAUGAAAGAUUCACUUGAACAGUGUAUUACAUAAACCCUAACGUCUGAGAUAAAGACGUUUUUAGCAUGUUGCUAUGUGGUUGCUAGGGAGCUCCAAAUGAUGUCGUCAUGCUGUUAUAUGGAGUUAAAAAGAGGCCACACUGAGUAUGAGCAAUGGGAACUCUUACUUUCGUUUUAUAAUGAAAAGCAUGAUAAAUGAUAAAUGCAUGUAAUGAUUAUUAAAGCAGAGUUUAAAUGUGUGUAUCGCUGUCUUUCUUUUGAAUAGUGUUUCUAAUCGCCAAUAGUAUGUGAACCGUCAUCUUACUGCGUAAAAGUGAACAUACUUCUAAUUAUUCUUUUAUAUGGGUGUUAUUUGGGAAACGAUCUUGAUGAGUCAAUAACACAAGACAAAGCUAUGACCUCGACACUGGAGGAAAGAGUUCGUAGAUGACGUUGACGUGAUGAGAAUUCUCCUCGAGCUCCUCCACUGCAAAUCACAAAAUCUAACUUUAAACUGGUGUGUUCAGUCUGGUUUUAUCCUCGGGAAGCACGUGGUUCACUACAACUGGAUUCAUUUAGAGGUUUUCAGGCUGACAGUCCAGCACAGAGGGACAUUGUCCGAAAGCAAACAUUAAUAAAUUGAUUUAAUUUAAUCCUAUAAAAACUGCACGCCACAUCAGAGACUCGGUGGCUCCCUCUACUGGUUGACCCUGGGGUAACAAAAUGACAAGUAGAUCUUUCAGUUUGAAGUGUGUGUAAGCAUGUAUUUUGUCUAUGCAUGCCUAUCUCUCGCUGUCGUGGACUUUUUUCUAGUGACGUCAGUUUGAGGUGCCUGGAGCUGCUUGUGGAAAAAGGGGGCGGAGAGAAGCUGUUUGAAUGACAGGUGAGAUAUAACCAGCCGAUUAGGAGAUGAAGUACGUCAGUGCCAGCAGAAGAAUAUCUUCUUUAGCCAUGUUAAGAGUAUCAGAUUAAGUGUUAAGGAGGAAAGUUUAACCUUGUUCUCUCUAUAGGCUGUGAAAAGAAUAAUCCGGACUGAACCAACCCCUCCAUUGAAAAAAGAAAUUAACUAUGGUUUAGUUAACUAAGUGUAGCUCAACCUGUAGCUCAUCGAUUAUACUCCGAUCUAAAAAUAAUUU